CCACACGUUGUUUACGACAUCCUCUUCAAGUCCUUCAGGUUGUCGUGGUGCCAGGUGAAAACAACCUCGGAAAAUGGUGAAGCUGAGCAAAGAAGCCAAACAACGGCUCCAGCAAGUGUUCCAGUGUGGACAGUUUGUUGUCCGAUGGGGUUUCAUCCCAACUGUUUUGUAUCUAGGGUUCAAGAGAGGUGCGGAUCCCGGCAUGCCAGAACCCACACUAGUCAGCUUGCUGUGGGGCUAACCUGCAGCAACCCCCCACCCACCCGUUCCAUCUUCAGCCUCCCCUCCUACCCAUCUACGGUCGGCAGUUAAAACUCCAUGGCAACCAGAUGGUCCCCGCCAGAGAGGAUAUGGCUCAGCUCAACUUCCCGCCCGCCCUGGACCACAGCAGAGAAAGAACAACCGCCUCCUCAGUUUAUCACCCUGCAUUGCAGAUCAAUGCCCUCAAAGACUUUUUUUUGUCAUUUUUACAAACGUGUUACUGUGACCAUGUACACUUGUGCAAGUUACUCCUCGUGAUCUGACUGUAUGCAAUGAAGGCUUGUCAGAUCCGUGUCUGUAGUCUUAAUCAGGUAUGAUAAACCCAGUAAAUGUAUUGUCUUGUGUA